AUGUAUCCCACUCUUCGCAUGGAGAAGGACGACAGCAGCGAUGAGGACUACAUCGUCGACACGGAGGACUCUGAAGAUGAUGAGGUCAUUUCCGGCGACACAGACGACCCCUUAAUCCUCGAUGGGAAGAAACGACGACAGUCUCCUCAUCAACUCUUCGUUAAUCGACGGUACUCUUCGCAUGAGCCGGUGCCUUCAAAUAAGAAACUUAAGGUGAUGGUGGAUGAAGGGCCAAAGGCGCAGAGUGACGAGAAGGUGAAACAAGGCGACGCCCAAGUCAUACCCAAGUCCGAUCAAGAGAAGGAAGACAAUGGGCACAAUGAACAGGACGAAUAUCAUUCGGACGGCGAGGGCUAUCACCGCAACCGCAAACAUUGCUUCUGUGGGUGCUUGGCUCGGUUCACAGCAACUGUGACUCGUGCGGCUAACGGUGACUACGGAAUCCAGAUUCGGAAUGAGACCUUAGCGAAGGAGGGGCGAAUAAUAUCGGGUAUCACUUGGGAAGAGAAUUCCCAGUAG